AUGCUUCAACGGCCGCUAUUUCCACAGGCCUUCCCAGAGAUCCCGUUCACGAGACUCUUCCUUAUUUAUAUGAGCAUCACUUCUGGCCUCUGGGCAGUUUGGAAAGUCUUCAUAUACCCCGCCUGGUUUAGCCCAUUUAGACAUCUCCCGAAACCCAAGAGUGGCUUCCCUCUCAUCAACCACGGCCUUGUGGCCUUCCAGAGACCGGCCGGUGCUACGUUUCUCAAAUUCAUGAAUGAGGUCCCCAAUGAAGGCAUCAUCCGCGUUCCCUCUUUCUUUAACUCGGACUGGCUUCUCUUGACCGAUCCCAAAGCGCUCGCAGACGUGCUGGUGCACAAGUGUUAUGACUUCGAGAAGGUGGCGGGAGUCCGUCAGAUCCUCCGCGCCGUUCUCGGUGACGGCCUCGUCGUCGUCGAGGGCGACGAGCACAAGUUCCAGCGCAAGCACGUCUCGCCCGCCUUCAGCUUCCGCCACAUCCGCGACCUUUACCCAAUCUUCUGGUCCAAGGCCAUCGAACUGAUAGACUGCGUGGCCGCGGAGCUGCAGCACGACAGUGUCGUCGAGGUAAAUCACUGGGCCAACAAGGUCACCAUGGACAUCAUCGGCCUGGCGGGCCUGGGGCGUAACUUCAACACGCUGCACAAUUCAGACGACCAGCUGAUCAAGACCUAUGAGGAGAUCCUCGAGCCGACGACCGAGAAGGCCAUGUUCUUCGCCGCGCAUAUGUUCCUCACGCGUUGGGUGAUCGCCAAGCUGCCGUGGAAACUCAACCAGAAGCUGAAGGACAUGACCAGCGCCUUGAAGUCCAUGUCGCAGCAGUUGGUGCGAGAAAAGAAAGAGCUCAUCAAAGUGCAAGGCGACGAGCACGUCGAUAUCAUGUCCGUCUUGAUCAAAUCCAACAAUUUCGCAGACGACAUGAUUGCUGAACAACUCCUGACCUUCCUCGCCGCAGGACACGAAACCACCUCCUCAGCCUUCACCUGGGGUACGUACCUCCUCUCCCUCCACCCCGCCGCGCAAUCCCGUCUCCGCGCCGAAAUCCGCGCCGCCAUCCCCUCCCCCUCCGCCCCUCCCCCCGACCUCGCCACAACCCUCGACAGCCUCCCCUACCUCCACGCCACCGUCUCCGAGAUCCUCCGCCUCUACCCCACGGUCCCCGUCACCGUCCGCGUCUCCAUCCGCCCCACCACCAUCCUCAACACCCCCAUCCCCGCCCAAACCCCGCUCUACAUCUCCCCCUGGGCCAUCAACCGCUCCCCGGCCUUCUGGGGCCCCACCGCCCACCUCUUCCUCCCGGACCGCUUUCUCGAUCCCGUCACCCAGAAACCCACCAGCGGCGGCGUCGACAGCAAUUACGCGUCCAUGACCUUCCUCCACGGCCCUAGGAGCUGCAUCGGCGAGAAGUUCGCUCGCGCCGAGCUGAAGUGCCUGAUUGCCCUCUGGGUCGCGAGGUUCGAGUUCGAGAUGGCCGAUAAGUCCGAGGUGCCGCUGCCCGCGGGCGCCGUUACGAGUAAGCCGGGGAAUGGCAUGAGGUUGAGGAUUAGGCCUGUGGAGGGGUGGUGAGCUGAGCUGGGCUAGAUUAGACAAAGAUGCUGGGAAGGCGGUUUCAUGGUAGGAGGAUGGGAACUGGAUCGGAGUAUGGAUAUGGGAUAAGAGUAUGACAUAAUGAUAUCUGGCGUAGGGUGGAUAUGUAUGGAGGCAGGCUAUUUUCAAUUUUCGUUUCGCGCCAGACUCGAUCAAUGCAGUGCGUGACUUGUUCAACGAUCUUCAUUAGAUUACGCAAAGGAAAGGCCCCCCGAAAGCGGAAAAUUAAAAAGGAACCCUCCCUUGGGAG